AUGAUGAACCGAAAAGUAGAAUAUACUCGUGAAUCUGGUUUGGAAUACUACGAGGGUAGAUAUUACAGUGAGUUGAAAGAUAAUUACUACAAGUUGGAAGUCUCGGACUCGACAUUUAGGUGUCCGUUCUGUCUCAACAAGGAUUAUUAUUCUUUGACUGACCUUUCAAGACAUGCUUCAAGAAUUGUUGCUGAUGUGCAUGGUGAGACUGUGAAAGAAAUUGGUAAACAUUAUGCCCUUGUAAGGUAUCUUGACUCUAAAAUUUCUGAAAAUAAGUCAAAUGUUGAUGAUACUCUUAAGUCACUUAAUGAGAAUGCUGCUGAAGAUGAGUUGUUUGUUUGGCCUUGGAUGGUAGUUAUGGCAAACAAUGUUACAAAAUUUGACCCGAACUCUCGUAAGUAUGUAGGAAAGAGUAGUAAGAAAAUUAAGGAGGAACUUAUUGCUCAAGGGUUUAAGCCGCUGAAAGUUACAACACCGUGGAAUAUUAGAGGGCAAACAAAGUUUGUGAUAGUUGAAUUUGGAAAUGAAUGGGAUGGUUUCGCCAAUGCCAUGUCGCUAGAGAGAAGCUUUGAAGCAGAACAUUGUGGCAAGAGAGAUUACUUGGGUUCAAGGGAACGAGGAGAUAAACUCUUUGGGUGGAUGGGACGUAGUGAUGACUAUAACUCCAGUGACGUUGUUGGCAAACACCUUAGCGAAAAAGGAUAUUUGAAAACUAUUUCCGGAAAAGAAGCUGAGGAUAAAAGGAAAGCCUUGAAGCUUCAAUCUAGUUUGGAAAACACUUUAACGCAAAAGAAGAAGGAAUUGGAAGAAAUAAAAACAAAGUAUGACGAGAUGGUUGAUAUUAAGCUAGUUGCGGAGGCAUCCAAGAGAAAGGUUUCUGCUGAAGAGAAUUGGAAAGCAUCUAGGAUUAAACUUGAUGAUGAAAGGAAAAUGAAAGCAACUCAGUGGAAUGAUUAUCAAGGGAAUUCCAAGGAGAUAUUAGAUGAAAAUGAUGAAAAACAAUGGAAAUUGUCCAAACAAAAGAAGGACUGUUAA